AUGCUCCAAUGCAAGACCGAAUUUCUGAAGCCUCGAGUAACAGAUACCAUACUCAACGCUCUACAGCAAGAUCCAACUUCAGGGCCUGCUGACGUGGUCGAGUUCCACUAUCCUUCAGGCAGGUGGCCUGCUAAACUUGAUGUACUCCCGGGAGAAAGCAACCACCUGUGGGCAUGGGGACAUGCCGAUAAUGUGGAUGAUCAUGCCCGUGGCCUUGAGCAGUCCGUCAACGAUACCUUCCGCUAUCUCGAGAGAAAUGGCCCAUUCCUAGGAGUCAUGGGAUUCUCAAUGGGCGCCGCUAUGGGUGCUAUAAUUGCUUCUCUUUUGGAGAAAAGACACUCGAUCGGCAAUUUCAACUUCAAUACGGAUCACCCCCCUUUGAAGUUCGUGGUCGCGGUUUGUGGGUUCACAUUUGGGGACCCUGUUUACAAUGACCUAUACAGUCCAAAGAUUGAGACACCGAUAUUCCUUGCUAUCGCCAGCAUUGAUGUAAUCAUCCCCGAAUCUGCAUCGCUGAGACUUCGUGAUUCAAGCACAAACACUGCAUUGUACUUUUUCAAAGGGACACAUUGUGUCCCACGAGAUGAACUUUUCUUGGAAUCCUUGGUCCAUUUCAUUGAUGAUGUUUUUAGUAUCAAAGAGGACCACGAGGAUGAUUGGGAGGAUUGUGAAGAUCAUUGA